AUGCACUGUGCGGGUGUCGUUCACGGAGACCUGAUCACUUCAAACAUCUUAUUUUGCCUGUCUCCCCACGUCACUGAAUGGUCAGACGAGGAAGUAUACACUCAUCUGGGUGAUCCCGAGACGGAGGAUGUCAGAACUCGUGACGGAAAACCCCCCGGCCCUCAAGCAUCGGCCGUUCGUAUUCAGAUGAAACUCUCAGGAGCACCCAGCGUGUUCUUGAUCCUCUUCGCUCUUCGGUUGUCAUUCUCCUCGAACCAUAGAUUGCGCUCCGUAAAAGAAUCCCACCAGGAGUGGGUAAUCGUCCCAGCGUCUCGACCGUCUGUUUGA